AUGAUCCCACGUCCUGUAGGCUGGUGCAUUGCACUGGGAGGGGGAUCGGCUCUCGAUACCUUAGGCUCUCAGGCAUUUACGGGAGGAAGUCGUUCUACCGAUCUGUCUGUGCAUUUCCAGCGUUGCGUAGUGUUACUUUGGAUUCUUCUGAUUCCCGUCGGUGUGCUCUGGGCAUUCAUGGAGCCUGUCCUUUUGGCUAUCAAAGAACCCCCUCGUCUUUGCAAGGAUGUGCAAGAUAUUUUGCGGAUCUUGUUGUUCGGCGCACCUGGGUAUAUUGCUUUCGAGUCCCUCAAGAAAUACCUGCAAUGCCAAGGAAUUAUGAAGGCCGCUACUUGGGUACUGAUCAUGAUAUCGCCAAUCAAUAUCGCCCUAAACAUUUUCCUGGUCCAUUAUACUUCAUUGGGCAUGCUCGGCUGCCCUGUUGCGCUUUCCAUCACAUACUGGUUGCACAAACAAAACGCUACGUGGGGUGGCUUUCAACCCAAGGCUGUCUUCAACAUCGAGAGUUGCAUCGGGUUCCUGAAGUUGGCACUCCCGGGUAUCUUAAUGGUAGGCACAGAAUGGGCUGCAUUCGAAAUAGUAGCUCUCGCAGCCGGCCGGCUCGGAGAGCUUCCACUGGCGGCGCAGUCUGUCAUCAUGACCACCGACCAAAGUAUCGAUUUCCCUUAUACACCUCAUAAUGUAUUAACCACAUCCAUAGUCAUAAGCACGCUACCUUUUGGGUUCGGGGUCGUCGCCUCCAAUCGCAUCGGAAAUCUGAUCGGGGCACGAACGGCCAUCGGGGCAAGGAACGCAGCCCACGCUAUUGCCUUUAUUAGCGUCAUUGUUGGCUUCAUAGUGAUGAUCAUCAUGUUAGCAGCCAGAAAUAAAUUUGGCUAUAUCUUCAGCGAUGACGAGGACGUCGUCCGGCUCGUCAGCAAAGUAAUGCCUCUGGUCGCUUCAUUUCAAGUGAGUACAUUUCAUGCGCGAUAUCUACAAAUUAGAGAAUACCUUGAGAUCGCCGACGGUCUUGCAAAUUCCUGUGGUGGCGUCCUUCGCGGUCAAGGCCGACAACACCUUGGCGCCAUGUUCAACCUUGUUGCAUACUACAUUCUUGCAUUACCGAUCGGAAUCACCCUCGCAUUCAAGACUGGUAUUGGCCUGCAGGGACUCUGGAUCGGUCAAGUCAUCGGCCUCUUCACAGUAGGCCUAUCUGAAUAUGGUAUGGUAUGGCUCGGGACAAACUGGGACCGAGAGAUACAGAAAGGAAUCAAGAGGAACGCCGAAGAAGCAAAGCGAAGGGUGUUGGCUGAACAGAUACGCCAGGAAGACGGUUUAACGAAUUGA